GAGAACGGCGGACUCUUCACUCCCUCGGGUCGGUCGGUCGCAGAGGCCUUUUCGCUUUUGAAUUCCGCAGGCACCGACCACCCCCGACGCCGACGGAUGGCCACCGGCGGCGGGGAGAAGCGGGCGGAGCUGCUGCGGCGGAUCACGGAGGAGGGCGGCUUCGCGUUCGUGGCGUCCGCGGAGAAGGCGGCCGCGGGGGACGUCCGCGCGGCCGAGGCGGCGCGGGAGAUGGCGUGGGAGCAGCUGCACUCGGCGCCCCGGGACGAGGUGGGCGCCGCGUGGCGGGACGCCUACGCGCUCGCCUGCCUCCACGUGGCCGCCCCCCGCGGCGCCGGCGGCGGCGGCGACGACGACCGGCGCGCCGCGCUCCGGGCGCUCGACAUGGGCCUCAUCAUGGGCGGGGGCCUCCUCCGCGCGGAGCUCGAGGACGCCAUCGCCAGGGUCGUCGCCGACCGCCGCGGCGGGGACUGUGAGGCGGCGGCCGCGGCGGGGGACGUGGAGAGGUGGAAGGAAGGGAUCGCGGGGGACGGAGACCUUGCCGAUGUACUCAAACUUCUACCUGUGAAGUCCCUAUCGCGUAAGAAAAUAGAGAGGCGAUCAUGCAUUCCUUUGGAGGCAUUUAUACGUGAUUACUUUAUACGUGAGGCCCCUGUUAUACUCAGUGGCUGCAUUGAUCAUUGGCCUGCAAGGACAAAAUGGAAGGACAUAAAAUACCUAGAGAGGAUAGCUGGAGAUCGUACUAUUCCUGUUGAGGUUGGAAAAAAUUAUGCUUGUACUGAGUGGAAACAGGAGCUUAUCACAUUUUCUCAAUUUCUUGAGAGGAUGUGGUCGAGUGAUUCAGCAAACCUGACAUAUGUAGCACAGCAUCCAUUGUUUGACCAGAUAAAGGAGCUCCGCGGAGACAUUACAGUUCCUGAGUACUGUUCUGCUGGCGGUGGCGAACUCCAGUCAAUUAACGCUUGGUUCGGCCCUCAUGGGACCCUGACCCCACUGCAUCAUGACCUACAUCACAACCUUUUUGCUCAGGUUUUGGGAAGGAAAUAUUUUAGACUUUAUCCUGCUUCUGUAUCUGUGGAACUGUACCCUCAGACAGAGACAAUAUUAAGCAAUACUAGUCAGCACGGAGGGAGUAUGCUAAAGGGACAUAUGACUCUAAAACUUAAUUGGAUGCCAAAAGCAAAGGUAGAUCUUGACAAUUUUGACGAAACGGAAUUCCCGAAGGCAGCAGAUCUUGAAUUCAUGGAUGGCAUAUUGGAGGAAGGUGACCUGCUUUACAUUCCACCAAAAUGGUGGCAUUACAUGAGCUAUGGAGCAGAUCAUUUGUUUUACUUGGCUGUGGAUUUAACUUUUGUAAUUAUUUGUGAUAGAGCACUAACCGCUAAUUGUACUGUCCAUAAUAAGUACUCGAAAACAAUUUUUAGAGAAUCUGUGACAGUUAUAUGGAUUUGGAUGACAUGUGUAUUCAUAUGGGACUCUCCGAAACAGGUAAAAGGGAAAGGGAAUGCUUCACAUACAAAUUUACAGCCCAAUUGUACAAGUUUGUCAUGACCAAUUGUUUUGAUCUUUGAACGUUUGACCCGUAAAUGAUCAAACACUCACGUAGUCAAGUGAUAUGAGCCGUUCCAGUAGUUGUGCAAGUUGGUUGCAUGGAGUAGUUCUUAGUUCUACUUACCUGCCUCAUGCUGAAUUCUCGUUCAGCAAGAUUGCAGACAUGAUUUCUAGUACGAUUUUUUACUUUCUUGAUGAGUGCAGAUUGCUGCUGUACGCACAACGCUCAUCCCACUCCUUUACAAUCAACAGAUCAGAUGGUUCAUAUCA